GUACCGGUGGUGCCGUCGUCAUCAUCAUCGUUAUCAUCGUCAUCAUCGUCAUCGUCGUCGUCGUCGUCGCCGUCGUGCCCGGCCGCCUGCUCGUGCAGCAACCAAGCGAGCCGCGUGAUCUGCACGCGGCGCGAGCUCCUCGAGGUACCCGCCAGCAUCUCGGUCAACACCCGCUACCUGAACCUCCAAGAGAACCACAUCCAAGUCAUCCGCACCGACACCUUCAAACACCUGCGCCACUUGGAGAUCCUCCAGUUGAGCCGCAACCUGGUGCGCCGCGUCGAGGUGGGCGCCUUCAACGGCCUACCCAACCUCAACACCUUGGAGCUCUUCGACAACCGCCUCACCACCGUGCCGACGCAAGCCUUCGAGUACCUCUCGAAGCUCCGCGAGCUCUGGCUCCGCAACAACCCCAUCGAGAGCAUCCCGUCGUACGCCUUCAACCGCGUGCCCUCCUUGCGCCGCCUCGAUUUGGGCGAGCUCAAGCGGUUGGAGUACAUCUCCGAGGCGGCCUUCGAAGGCUUGGUCAACCUCCGCUACUUGAACUUGGGUAUGUGCAACCUCAAAGACAUCCCCAACCUCACGGCGUUGGUGCGCUUGGAAGAGCUCGAGCUCUCCGGUAACCGUUUGGGUCGCGUCCGCCCGGGUUCUUUCCAAGGCUUGGGUAGCUUGAGGAAGCUUUGGUUGAUGCACGCCCGCGUGGCGGCGGUGGAACGCAACGCCUUCGACGACCUGAAAGCGUUGGAAGAGCUCAACCUGGCACACAACGAGCUGGCGUCGCUGCCGCACGAUCUCUUCGCCCCGUUGCACCGCUUGGAGCGGGUUCACCUGCACCAUAACCCGUGGCGUUGCGACUGCGACGUGCUCUGGUUGAGCUGGUGGUUACGGGAGACGGUGCCGAGCAACACGAGCUGCUGCGCGCGGUGCCACGCGCCGCCGGCGUUGCGGGGCCGUUAUUUGGGCGAGUUGGAACCGGGGCAUUUCACGUGUUACGCGCCGGUCAUCGUAGAGCCGCCGGCGGACUUGAACGUUACCGAAGGUAUGGCGGCCGAGCUUAAGUGCCGUACGGGCACUGCCAUGACGUCGGUGAACUGGUUGACGCCCAACGGGACGCUCAUGACGCACGGCUCGUACCGCGUGCGCAUCUCGGUGCUGCACGACGGCACGCUCAACUUCACCAACGUCACCGUGCAGGACACGGGUCAGUACACCUGCAUGGUCACCAACGCCGCCGGCAACACCACGGCCACCGCCACGCUCAACGUCUCGGCCGUCGACGCCGCCGCCGCCGCCGCCGCCGCCGCCGCCGCCGCUACCGGUUAUACCUAUUUCACCACGGUCACCGUAGAAACCACCGACGCCGGCGGCGAGGAACCGGCGCCGCAGACGCCGCCGGUGCCUACGGUUGGUUGGGAAGCCCCCGGCGGCGGUUCCACGGCCGCUUCGGCCACGCGCGCCACCGGGAAACCCUUCACCGUACCCAUCACCGCCGUCGCGGCAGCCGGCGGUAUCGGUACCGGUACCGGUGGCCUCCAAGACCUCGACGACGUCUUGAAGACCACCAAGAUCAUCAUCGGUUGCUUCGUGGCCAUCACCUUCAUGGCGGCCGUCAUGCUGGUGGCCUUCUACAAGCUCCGCAAGCAACACCAGCGCCACAAGCACCGCGGCGGCCCCGCGCGCGCCGUCGAGAUCGUCAACGUGGAGGACGAGCUCGGAGGGGGCGGUGGGACCGGCACCGGUAACACCGGUGGUGUUGUUGGUGGUGGUAGCGGUGGUGGUGGUGGUGGUGGUGUUGGGGACAACCGGUUGGCGUUGCCGGCGUUGGAACGCGACCACCUGGAGCGCUACGCGGCCUUCGCCGCCCAUUACGGCAACGCCGGCGGCAAGAGCGCGCUGCUCAACUCCGUGCACGAACCGCUGCUCUUCAAGAGCCCCUCCAAGGAGAACGUGCAGGAGACGCAGAUCUGAAGGACAGGCAGCGCCCAACCCCCACACCCCCCC